GGCAGUUGGCAGGAAACAGUGUAGGAAUUUUCUUGCUUGCCUCUAAUGGAGGUCGUCUUCCUUACCCACCGUGGUUGGCGUCAGCUUGAAUGAAGUACAACAAGUACAAGCCCACCGUUCCUCACGCUCUCCCUUGUGUUUCAUUCUUCACAUUUGAUAUUCAGUCUCCUUUUCCUUUCUCCUUUCACAUCACCAUUUACCCCUCCGUUUUCUGGCGUUACUCUUCCCUUACGCACUUGUCGUUGCGUCUCUGUCGUUCGCCACCGUCCCUGCCCUGAUCCCAUCUGCAUUGCCGUUCGCUUUUUAUGAAUGCCUCAGUCCCAAGAAAGCUUUCCCCUUUCUUGUCUCUCUCUGCGCACGUCGUUUCUUUUGUUCGCUCCCGCGAGUUCCAUUGCUCCCCUACUCAAUGGCAUCGUUGGGUCACGAUGGUACUGAAGGAGCAAAUCUGUCUCUAGGGCGGCGUUUGACAGGAAAACCGAGUCCACCACAGCCUCUGCCUCCCCCGACUCACCCGCUCGAUUCGCCUCGCUCUAACGAGCGCCGUGCACAGGCAGAGAAGCUUGCCGAUGCAAGUGUUCGACAGCGUGAACUCCAGCUUCGCCAGCGGCGGGCCGUACACCAAAAACAGCGGAGGCGAUACAGAAGCACCGAGGCGACGCGAAACGGAGGCAAUGACAGUCAAGCAACGGAUGCACCUCGAGGGAGGACGCAGGAAUCUUUCCUCGGUUUGCUCUUUUCUCUCUCGGCACACAAGUCCCGGUGGCAACGGUGGACAGAAAAUUCGGGAUGUGAUUGGCGAAGCCGCAUCGGUGGCACGGUGUCUUGGCCCAGUAGAUGGCCUUUCGGUUUUGGAGACUCGGAGGAGACAGAUGUAGCGCAAGGCGCUCCUGAUCUACCUUUAAAAGACAGAGCACAUGCGCGCGGCAGGUCAUCAGACCCCGCAGAGCACUUUUCGUCCGAUCUAACCUGUUCUCCACGCACUCUCCACCUGCCGGCUCUCGUGCUGCCGGACGCUUUCCUGUCGCCCGCCAGUUCGAAGACCCCGCGACUUUCUCCGAUUUUCUCUGCAGACCAAGAGGAGGACAUUCCGUUGCCUGAUAACAGUCGUGGGGGCGAGGACCUAGGCUGUUGUGACGCACGGGUGCAGCCGACACAAAACGCGGCACCGAGUCUGCACAAGGGAGCACGCAGAGAUUGUCGCAGAUCCAGCCAACUGUCCCCGUCUGAGCAAAGACUCCCACGGGGGUCUGGUCUGGCGGCCAGACCGACGCGGACGCUUUCGUUCAAAACAGAGCCGUUUGUUGCCGUCACGCUGGAUCUGUCUCCACUCACAUCCACCAACUCGCCCCCUUCGUCUCCACUGUCGUCGACAAUGGCCGAGGAGGUGCUGCCGCUCGAAGGCACUUGCGUCAAACGCGGUUCGUCCGCGGCGUCGGCGCUGCAGUCACCUUAUGCCAGCUCUUCAGCUGCUCCGCCCUCGCCAUCCUCUUCCUACGUUCUCUCGGCGCCCUUGUCCUGUGGAUCUUCGCCGAACCUUCUGUCGUGGUCUUCCUUGUCUCCGUGUGGCCCCGCCUCGUUGGGCCGGUUGGCACGAAAGAACAGCGGAGGCCCAGCAGGAGAAGUAAGCGGCGCAUGCGUGCCGGGCGCGAACGACGCUGGUGGCAAAGGUUCGUCUGUCUCGCCUUUCCUUCGCGAGCCCCUGCCCCCGUUUUUUCUCCAGGAGGGCCCCACACCCGCGAUGGUCGACGCUUUUUAUCAAUUCAUCGAAGUCGCACACGACAUUCGACAGGCAGUGCUGUUGGAGAUUAACGUGUCGUCGCGGCCGCGCUCGCGUUCUGGUGGAGACUCGACGACUAUCGCAGAAGAUGUUUCCGCAGCUGAGGCUGCUCACGUCCUCAAAGAGCCGUCAUCUUCUUUGGAAGUUGAGGAACUGGCAGGAACAUACCGGCUUCUCCGUUUCCUUCAGGGCUAUGAUUUUAAUGUCAGUGAAGCAGCUCAGGCCUACAAACGGCACGUCAUUUGGCGAAUAACGCAAAGGAUUGACAACGCAAUGCGUGACUUCAUCCUCCGAGAGAUGGUGCUGCCGCUGACUCCGGAGAAAGCAGUGGAUCACGCCGCAGUUUCCCGGAACUUCCCGAAUAAUCAACUUCUUCGCUGCUCGAAGCAAACGGAAAGAGUCAGUGAAACGAAGAGCUCCAGAGAGCGUCCCCUUCACGCGUUUGAAGCUGUCACCAGCAGAGGAACGGCGUUGCCGCUUGCGCCUGACGCAAAGAACAGAGACGAAUCCAAGGGCGAGGCGAAAACCCUGAACGAACAACAGGAUUUCUUCUGUCGUUAUGGUUCGACUUCUUCCGCUGCAUCUUCUUCGACGUCUGCUUCUUCCUGUAUUUCUUCGUCUUCAUUUAAUUUGUUCUCUUCCUCGCCUGGCUCUUCCUCCGCGUGCGGCCCUUCUGGUAGUUCAAGGGAAGUCGCGUCUCCGCCUGAUGGAAAUCUUUUUUCGUUCGCGUCUCCAACCGUAACACCGCAAAUUCUCCUGGACAGACAGGGGAACAUCAUCACAGUUGCGAGACCAGGUCUCCUUGAUGAGCGGCGUCUUUUCGAGGAGGUGUCUGAGGACACCUUUUUGAAGUGGCAUUGCUACCAGCUCGAAUUUCGCAACAUUCUCCUCGACAGAUUAUCACGCCAGAAAGGGCGAUUGGUCCAGGCGACCUCCAUUCUCGAUCUCGAAGGCCUAUCUGCGAGAUCCAUAAAUCGGCACGCACUCGGAAUUCUUCGGCAACUCAUAUACGUGACUAGCGAGAACUACCCCGAGUCGCUGAGCCACAUUUUUUUCAUUAACACACCGCGCCUCUUCAGUGCCGUCUGGGGGACUCUGCAAGGCUGGCUGAAGGAGCGAACUGUCGCCAAAAUCCACAUCCUCGAAGGAGACUACGAAGCUGAAUUGCACAAGUACAUCGAUCCUGCCUGUCUUCCUCCAUCCCUCGGGGGCGUGUGCACUUCUCCUCUUGCAUGCAUCCGGACGUUCUCGAAAACAGAACUUCUGUCGGCUCGCCUCGGAGGCGGUCACUCGAUUCUUCACAUCGGAGCGCGACGGAGAGAGCACGUUGAUUUCGAGGUUCCCAAAGGUGCCUGUCUUUCCUGGGCGUGGGUCCUUGUCGAGCACGACGUGAGCUUUCAAGUCAAGUGGCGUCCUGCGGCGGGGAAUGAAGAACGGCCUAUGCUGGAGAUGAAGAAGCACCAAGGAAGUCGGGUGGUUCGAGGCUCUAUAAAGGCCGACCAAGAUGGUACGGUCUCGCUCAUCUUCGAUAACUCCUGGGGCCUGUUCUCUCACCGGACAAUCUUCUACAAACUGCAUCUUGAGGACUCUGCUACACCUGCAUCAUGUUCGUAGAUGGACACGUCUGCGAAUCCUCAACGCCGAUGUCGUUUGUGCAGAGGCAACGUCGCUGAGGAGCUUGCGUCCCAUGUUCAGUUUUACACAAUUGUUCUAGCGAUACAGCGCCCAUGGGCGCGUAUUUCAGAAUCCCUCUCAGCAACAAUUGUCCCCGGAAAACGCAUUUCAGAUGAAAGAACAGAACGGGGACUGUUGGGCUUUGUCCGAAAGCGAAGCCUCACAUGUCGUGUUUCUCCUGGCCUUUUUCCACAAAUACAAACUCGAGGAGAAAGGGAUCUUUUCACGGGUGCCCUAGGUUUUUUUCGUGGAACAGACUGCUUCCGGGCAUUUCACUCCGGGACCAUUCCCGAUUCCGUACUUCUGUUUUCAUGGGACGUCUUCUGCCGUCCGUCUGCUUUCAGAGGGUGUCGGUUUUUCGGCAUCAACACACGGCAACCAACCAACUGAUCGCUGUGCGGUUCCCCGACACACUCGUGCCUCCCCUCUUGCGCAGCGAAACGAGUUCAGCCCGAUAGAGAUGCCUUUGUGAAUCUCCAGAGUAUAGAUAUAUCGGCACGGCAGCAGAUACACACCUACGGACCUAGUGCUCUCUCUAUGUGGCCACAGGUGCGGUAUUGAUUCAUUCAGAACGUUUCGCUCGCAUGGCAAUGGAAAUGUACGUGUGCAUUUGCACACGUAUUUGCUUGUUUAUGGCAUUUCCACGUUCCCGUGCAUGCUUCGAUUCUUGUCAGUUUUUAUUUGUGGCUGUCGAUUGCCUUUUCAAUGCAUAGAAAAAGGAUGUCCGGUCAAUUUUGCUUUUGGUUUCCCAUCGACCGUGAGGUCGUACGCGUUGGACAUUCGCGAAGGCGUAUCAAAUACGUUUAUUCACUCUAUAUAUGUUGUCUAUGCUGUCGUGCGCAUAUAUAUAUAUAUAUAUAUAUAUAUGCGUGGACGAUGGCAGCAAGUGCAGGUUUGAUUGAGGGACGAGAACUCCGUUUCUUAAUCAGUUUUUUCUGGCUAAGACCAGUAACCGUUUAUGGGUGUGUUUCUGUCCUUCCCGUCGAGAUUUUUCGUAGUUCGAAGGCAGAGUUUCAUUUCCCGGUAGAAGAAUACUGCCAAAUUGAUAUUACUCGGUUUCGACCUGGACGAACCUGAACCAUUUUGCUCAAUUUUCUACUCAUAAAAAUGCGGCAGUGUUUUACUCAAGGCCGUAGUGGAUUUUCGUGUUCGCUCAUCCUCUCCGAGAAAUAUAUGUUGGUUCAGUCUAAGAUACCGAGCUAUUUCCCUCUGUCCAUUCUUGCGUCUGAUGUAUUGGUUCUCGGCUAACAUAAUCACGUUCUUUCAUCGGAAGACGGCCUGUUCUUUUGCAGCGUAUCCGAAUUGUUUUUG